AUGAUGUUUAGUAAAAGUUUCAAACAAAUUCAUCACCAUGGAAGACAAGUUGAUAUACCAAAAGGGUAUGUUGCAAUCAAAGUAGGUCAUGGUGAAGAGCAAGAAAGAUUUACAGUACCUGUGAGUUACAUAAAUCACCCUUUCUUUGUUCAUUUGCUAAAGGAGGCAGAGGAAGAAUAUGGUUUUUCUCAGCAGGGUACUAUAAGUAUCCCUUGUCGAUUGAAGGAGUUUAAAGAUAUUCUUCAACACAUGAUUGGCAUGGAGAAUAAGUCCCUACAACACCAAUAUCACCUUGUUGGUUGCUUCAAGGCUUGA